AUGGAAAACCUGCUUCAAGAUCUGCACCAUCUUGUCGUAUACUUCGAUGACAUAGUGGUCACCGGACACAGCGACGCGGAUCACCUGAGAAACCUCAACCUCGUCUUGUCGCGCCUUCAAGAAGCUGGUCUGAAGCUCAAGAUCGAGAAAUGCGCGUCCCUGAGUAAAGACUUGCUGUCAUCUGCAAAGGUUCUGAGCCACUACGACCCCAAUAAGAGCGUCGUGCUUGUCUGCGACGCAUUCCCUGUAGGCCUCUGUGCCGUUCUUGCUCAUCGAGAAGUUUCGAGUGAAGAACGGCCGGUGGCUUUUGGAGAAGCCUUGGUCCUGCGGAUCGAAACUACAGCCACCUGGCUAAAGUCGCUGCUGAGGAGACUUCAUAGGACCCUCUCCUCGCACGAGUACGAGAAGCACUCUGGUCUGGUGUCUAUCCGGCUGGGCACGCAACACUUUUGUGGUGGAUCACUCAUUUCUCCGGAAUGGGUGCUGACUGCCGCCCACUGCGUAAAGCUGAAGCCAGCGGAUCAUUACAUUGUAGUUGCGGGAAUCCACCGGUUAAGCCUCGACAAUGCACAGAAGCAAGUCAGAAUAGCGGAAGAAAAGUAUCCUCAUCCAGACUUCAGUUUCUGGAGCUUUCGCAAUGACAUCGCACUGCUCAAACUGAAGGAGCCCAUGAACAUCUCUGAGUCUGAGGGGUACAUUGGAACCGUCUGUCUACCUCCACGGGACUACAAGGUUGCUGGAGAUGUCGUCAUCUCUGGUUGGGGUACAACGAGAGAAGGUGGCCAGGCAUCGGACAUUCUAAAGACUGUAUCCGUGCCAUCGGUUGGGGACUCUACCUGCUACUACCGUUACUUCUCUUUCUGGUCUCUCGUCGUCGGUGGAAACAUCCAUUACCCAAGCAUGUUCUGUGCCGGGGAGCGUCGCGGUGGCAAGGAUUCCUGUCAGGGUGACUCUGGAGGUCCAGCAAUUCAGAACGUCGACGGCGUGGCCUACCAAGUUGGGGUCGUCUCAUGGGGCCACGGUUGUGCACGAGCACGAAGGCCGGGGGUCUACUCGGAGGUCACUUAUUUCCUGGACUGGAUACGCAAUACAACAUCAGCAAAAUCUUCCAACUUUGUGUAGUGAAAUGAGAAGAGAGUGUCACAACGAACAAUGCUGAGGCACACCACCUACCCGAAUAUUCGAGUACAGGAGAACGACAACAACUACAUGAGUGACGAUGGGAUGAGGUGGUAUGGUGUUGGGUGAGGUGGGUACAGGAGAUAUUUUCCUGU